AGUGUUUAGGAACAGAGUUUAGACAGUGGCGUUGAAAGUGGUUAUUUGUGCACUUCGCCCCACAAAAGGGAGUAAGUGCAAAGCCAUAGUAGACUUGUUGAAAAGAGGGAUCAUCAAGCUAAUGCGCGAUUCCCCCAAAUCCAUUAACUAUCUUUUAUAGAAUUUUUCACCUGCUGGGGUAACUCCUGCGCUCAAAGACCUUGUCAAAGGCCAUUUUCCGGUCAGGACUUUGCAAAGAAGCCAGCAACACAACUCUUGAAUGCAAUAUUUGUUCCUUAUCAGCUCUGCACAACAAUAGGGUGUCAUCCGCAUACAAAGUAUGACUGAUAUUGCUUUACCAUGGGAUAAGCUGUCUUUAGAUUUAAUAAAACAAGAGGAGGGGCAAUCAAGUCCGGAAAGGAAGAAAAGGACAUAUGUAGUUCUUGUAUCCACAGGAAGUUUCAAUCCUCCUACUUACAUGCACUUGCGCUGUUUUGAGUUGGCAAGAGAUGCAUUGACUUCAGAAGGGUUCUGCGUAAUUGGAGGUUAUAUGUCACCAGUAAAUGAUGCAUAUAAGAAGAAGGGUCUUAUAUCUGCCGAGCAUCGUGUUGCAAUGUGCCAGUUAGCUUGUAAAAGCUCAGAAUUCGUUAUGACAGAUCCCUGGGAGGCAAGCCAGGAUAGCUAUCAACGAACAUUGACAGUUCUCUCCAGAAUAAAGUCCGCUAUCUGUGGUGGAAGUUUGUCAUCCAGUGAAGACCUCAUGGUCAUGCUUGUGUGUGGUUCUGAUCUGCUAGAAUCUUUCAGCACGCCUGGAGUUUGGAUACCUGAGCAGGUCAGGACCAUAUGUAGAGACUUUGGCUUGGUUUGUGUCCGGAGAGGUGGUCAGGAUGUUGAAAAGAUCAUUGCCGGUGAUGAUAUUUUGAAUGAAUAUAAGAAAAAUAUCAAAGUUGUGGAUGAAGUAGUGCCUAAUGGAAUCAGUUCAACGGGAUUAAGGGACUGCAUCUCGAAAGGGUUCUCAGUGAAGUACUUGACAGCCGAUGAAGUAAUUGAUUAUAUGAAACAACAUAACCUUUAUAGAGGGCAAUGUUCUAACAACUGAAUCAGAAGCUCCUCUUAGGAGCUUGUUUUCUUAAAUAAUUGUUGAUACCUGUCCAAGAGUCGCUCAUUUCUUUGAGCUGUGAUCUUAGCAGCGAGGCUACUGUCCCUUCCUGCAAGAGCAGAAAGAUGUAUUCUUUGUACUUCCUUCAAGGACAAGAGAUGAGGACGAACACUUGCUCAUUCCAGUUGUGUCCUCUAUCUAUGUUCAUUUGUGAUGAAAUCUAUUUCUUUUCUGAAACAAGGGCUAGUUACAGAUGCUCCAGCCAGUUGAGGGAGUAGAUCUUGGCUUCAUGUGAUUAUAACUUAUAACACAAAAACCUCAAAAUGUCUUUAAAAGUGCUAUAAUGUAUUACUAUUGUUUUUCUUGGAUUACUUAUUAAAAAAACAUUAUAUGAGGCAGACAAUUGUUAUUGAAUUUAUAUCUGAA